ACAAAUUCCAUCCGAUGACAUGCGUGGUUUAAUUUCUUCUGGAAGUGACGUCGUCGGUGGCUGUAGUCUUUCCGAAGUCUGUCAGAGUCAGGAGCAUGGCAGGCUUGUGGAGAUCCUAUCAGCUACUGAUGUCCAAACAUCCCUGGAAGGUUCAGAUACUCACAGCCGGCUCCCUGGUGGGGGUGGGCGAUGUCCUCUCACAGCAGGUGAUAGAGAGGAGGGGUCUGGCCAAUCACAGCUUCCAGAGGACCGCCAAGAUGAUGAGCAUCGGCUUCUUCUUCGUUGGCCCGGUUCUGGGAGGAUGGUAUAAGGUUCUGGACAGACUGGUGACUGGCGAAACCAAAACGGCUGCGCUUAAGAAAAUGCUUUUUGACCAGGUGGGUUUCGCACCCUGUUUCCUUGGGACAUUCCUCAGCAUUUCCGGGGUCUUGAACGGGCUGACGGUGGAUGAGAACAUCGCCAAACUCAAGAGGGAUUACACAGACGCCCUCAUCUCCAAUUAUUACCUUUGGCCUCCCGUCCAGAUUGCCAAUUUUUACUUCGUACCGCUCCACCACAGGCUGGCCGUGGUGCAGAUCGUGGCGGUGGUCUGGAAUUGCUAUCUAUCCUGGAAGGCCAAUAAGAUGUGAUGGAUAAGCCUUUUUUUUUUUUUAGUCCUACCUCAUGUAUCAAUACAUAGGACAGUCAAAAGGUUUUUGCCACGGUUGAAAUGCGAUCGACUUCAGGCAAACCUUUGACAUCAAAACCUGUUUAAUUUACCUUUAAAAAAACGAAAAACUAAUUGCCAAUACAGAUUACAGUCAUUUUAGAUAAUCUUGCUAUUUUUGUUGAACGCUUUAGUACGAGUUUUCUUACAGAGACUUUGUACAUGCUCAUAUGUAGAGGUGUCCUAUACUUGAAGAUUGUACAUGCAUUUGAGUAUGUGGUACAUUAAAGGAAUGUUUCUCACUA